AUAAGUUAAUGACUAUUAUCUAUUUAUUAUUCUAUUAUCUGAUGUACUCGUACCUGUAACUGAGUAUAUAAACCGUAUUCCUUUCGCCAAAAGACCAGUAGUAGUAUAAUAAACUUUUGCAAUGAAAGCGUUGGUGAUUUUGGCAUUUUGCGUUCUAGCAGUCGUUGCCGUUCCCGUUCCUGAGGAGGAACAUGUUAGCGGAGAGAAUGGUUGGUAUGUUCCACAAGUUGAUGGUUCGCUAGUUUGGGUCCCACUCGAAGAGGGUGAACAAAUGUUAGAUGAACUGGAGAAACAAGAAGAAAUGCAAAGUCGUCUGUUACCGGUGCCAGUGACUUUCUACUUGUACACCAAUAGAAACCCGUCCAAAGGACAAAAGAUUACAGAAAGCACCAAAUCCAUUAACAAUUCCGAUUUCGAUGCUAAGAAUCCAACGAGGUUCGUAAUUCAUGGCUGGACUCAGAGCUACAAAGCCGGUAUGAAUAAGGAUAUUCGUGCUGCUUGGUUGGGACGUGGCAAAUACAAUGUGAUCGUUGUGGAUUGGGACCGCGCACGUUCGGUUGAUUAUGCCUCGUCCGUUGUUGCUGUGCCAAAGGUAGGCAAAAAGGUUGCCAGCAUGAUUAACUAUUUGGUUGAUCAAUUCGGUAUGAGUUUGGAUGAAACCGAAGUGAUCGGUCACAGUUUGGGUGCUCAUGUUGCCGGCUAUGCUGGUAAGAACAUUAAAAAUGGCUUACUUCACGCCAUAGUUGGUUUGGACCCCGCUCUACCACUAUUCAGUUACAACAAACCCGACAAACGUUUGAGUGCCAACGAUGCUCAUUAUGUCGAAUCCAUCCAGACCAACGGCGGUGAAUUGGGUUUCCUCAAACCAAUUGGUAAAGGCGCUUUCUACCCCAAUGGUGGUAAGAGUCAACCUGGUUGUCCUUUGGAUGUAACUGGUGCCUGCAGUCAUGCUCGGUCUUGUGCUUACUAUGCCGAGUCUGUGGCUCGUGAUGACUUCCCCAGCAUGCGUUGUGGUGAUUACCAGGAAGCAGUAAAGGAUAAAUGUGGCAGCUCUUACAGUGGUGUGAAAAUGGGUGCAGUGACCAAUGCUUAUAUGGUGUCUGGUGAAUAUUAUGUGCCCGUACAUAGCUCUUCGCCUUAUGGUUUCGGCUACCCUUAAAUACGUGAUGUUUUUAUACUAUAUAUACCGAAUUUUUUAUACAGAAAGACUAAUAAAUGAAAAUAAUAUUUACUCGUCUAUAGAA